GCCGAGGUGGUGCCACUGCUCUGGACCACGUGCUUCGGGCUGCUGCUCCGGGAGUCCAGGUCCAUCCUCGUGAGGAGCCUCAUGCAGUUCCCGUCGCAGAGGCGCAAGCGCGGCAGGCGGAGGCGUGCGUUCAAGACCGACGCGACGGGAAACAAGGUCGUCGUCAUCCUGGGUGCGUACGACCCCCGAUGGGACGAGGGCGAGUGGAGCGACGAGUGGUUCGAGGUGGAAGACGGAGACCCGCUGCCG